AUGCUGGCUGAUCCAAGCAGCUGGUGUCUCACCAAGUCGGUGCUUGAGGACGUCAAGUCCAUCACUGUACAGACUAACAUGGCCUGGCCUCCUGUAGAUCCCGUCCUGGUGCUUGUCGGGACGGCGCUGUUGGCUUCUGCCCUGUGCCUGGUAUAUCCUCGGCGCCUACGCAGAAAUAGCCCGUAUCCGUUACCUCCAGGGCCGCCUGGGAAAUUCUUAGUCGGAAACCUAGGCCAGCUUAGUAUUGACCACCCUGAGCAAGACUAUAUUCGAUGGGGCAAGCAAUAUGGAUCUGAUGUCAUUUAUACCAAUGUGCUUGGACAGCACAUGAUAUGUCUAAACAGCGCCAAGGCCGCAACAGACCUCCUUGAUCGCCGAGGGGCCAACUACUGUGACCGACCACGGUUUACUCUGUUUGAGGUUAUGGGAUGGGGGCUUACAUUGACUUUCCUGAGAUGGGGUCCCCAAUUCAAGCUGCAUCGCCGCCUCUUUCAAAACACAUUCACGCAGUCCAACGUCAAGACAUUCCGGUCCAUCCAGCUUCAUGAGUCGAGAAAAGCUGUGAGGUCUCUCGUCCACGACCCAACAGACUGGCAGGAGAUUACUCUGCUUCUUACCACCAGUAUCAUAUUUCGCAUAGCCUUUGGCCAGGAGAUCACGGACAAGGAAUCUCCAUAUUGCGACAUGUCGAAGGCUGCCAACAAUGCGACAACGAACGGUGGUAUCGCUGGCUCAACACUUGUUGAUAUAUUUCCGUUGGCUCGCUUCAUUCCAAACUGGUUUAACCCUUCAGCGCCGUUGAGACAUGCUCGAGCAAGUCGGACAGCCAUCCAAACCAUACACAAUGAACCAUGGGAAGCCAACAUCAAGGAUAUCGAGGCAGGUAAUGCGGCGCCGUCUUUCAUGCAGAUGCAUUGGCAGAAGUAUAAAGAGAACGAAAAGGCUGGGAAACAACAAGAGAUGACCAUGGCAGAUAUCAAAGGCGCGACUGGCGCCGUCUUUAUCGCCGGAGGUAACAGCACGUGGGGCACAAUCCUUUCCAACCUGCUCUUCCUAACCAAGUACCCGGAGAGACAGAGGAAAGUUCAAGAAGAGAUCGACUCCUUGCUGGACGCCGGUGAGCAGCCACGGCUGCCAACCUUUGAGGACCGCGAGAGGUUGAAGCGUCUUGAUAACUUUAUGAUGGAAACCAUGCGAUGCCUACCUCUCAAUCCGUUGGUAAUCCCGCACAAGAGCCUGGAAGAUGACGUGUACGAGGGCAUGUUCAUCCCAGCAGGGACGACCGUGUUCGCGAACACGACCGCUAUGACCACAGACCCCGACACUUAUCAGGAGCCGGACAAGUUCGAUCCCGAGCGUUACACUAGGGGUGAGCCUUACCCCAGCGGCAACUUUGGCUUUGGUCGUCGCAAAUGUCCUGGUAAUUUCCUUGCCCUUGCAAGUGUUUAUAUGUUCCUGGCGACCUUCCUAGCUGCGUUCGAGCUGGAGCAGGUGAUAGGUGAAGACGGUAAACCCAAGGUACCUGAGCCUGGGGUUUCCAUUGGUCUUGGCGGGCAUCCGGCUCCAUUUGAAUGCACUUUGAAAGUAAGACGGCCCGACAUAGCUGAGCUGUUGAUGCAGGAGGCCUGA